AUGGGUAGUGUUCAACGACAAGAUUUGGUCCUAUUCAGCGACCAAUCAGUGCUUCCUGCCCACUUUUUCCAAGACAGCAACUCUCAUAACUUAUUCUUCAUCACCCAUCAAUCCUGUACUCAACCACUAUGGAUGAUAAACGCACUAGUAGAAACGCACGUGUUAGGUUCCCCAAGUUCCCUUAAUGAAUCUUCUUCAUCGAUGCUACCUUCGUCAACUCGCUCCCAUGCAGUCCUUGCGUCGUUUAUCCACGAACAGAACUAUUUUACAAAUUCAUUAAACAAGCUAAAGAUCCCAUCUAAUAACUACAAUGUUUUAGACUUCCUGUCCGACUUCAUCGUUAAUAAUAUCCAUAAUAAGCCAAGAGACAAAAUACUAAGUGACGUACUCGCAAAGUUCUCCGCUGCUAUACAAAAUAACCCAACUGACACCAUUGUUAUCAUCGAACAACCAGAAUUACUGUUGUCGCUAGUAAGCGGCCUAACUUGUUCAGAAUUAAACAAUAAGUUCAUCACACCUCUUUUGAGGCAAUGCAAAGUGCUAAUCAUUGUUUCCAAUUCGGACAUAUUUAAUAUAGAUGAAUACGAUGCUUCUGUUCAUUCCUCGAAUCUGCAAAAUUUCUACAAAUCUUCCUUUAUCAAAUCAAUGAUUAAUUUGAACUUGAAUCCUCUGAAGACCGGUUUUGCAAAGGACGUAACCGGCUCAUUGCACGUUUGCAGGGGCGGCGCACCCAUUGCAACUUCAAACACAAGCCUACACGUCGUUGAAAAUGAAUACCUAUAUCUGAAUGAGAAGGAGUCAACAAAACUAUUUUAUCGCUAA